AUGCUCGCCCCCCUGGACAUCAGCUACCGUCUGGGGACCCCAUCCUUCACAUCCUACUUCAUCUGUGCGCAGUUCAGCCGCGACGCAGGACGCGUAUCCUACUCUGCUCCUCUCAGCGUCAUGUCCCCCUCGCUGACACGCACCCAUACCGACAACAGCUCCCCAGGAUCGUCCGCAGCGUCAGUGACGAGGAAGACGUCGGACGAGACGCUCACGUCCGCAAGCGACCUCCGCAGUCCGCAGUUUGCAGAAGGUCACGUCACGAUGCCCUCGUCCGCUGUCUACCCUAACCGAACCUUCGAUGAGAACACGGCUAGUGACAUACCAUCGUGUCUAAGUGGCUUCCCUCAUCAGAACAUCGAUGCUUUACUCAACGAUGGCGUCACCAACGAGAAGCUUACUGAUAACCUUUGUUAUCAGGAGCUAUCAUCCAGCCAUGACCUGAGAAAGCUGGCUGAGCAGGAUGAUAAGUGUCUGGAGGCUAAAGACGUGUACGAGGCGCUGGUGGUGGACCACACGCUGCUGGGGGCGGAGUACCUGAAGCAGUUGCGCCAAUUUAGACACGAGCUCAACAUCCGCCAGACGGCCUGGGACAGACUGGCUACUGAGACCAACGCGCAGCUUCUUACUGGCCUGCUGCUGGGUUGGCUGGAGCACCUGAAGGCGCCGCUGCUGUCGGUGGACGAGCUCUCCUACCUCGUCCUGGCCGCCCACAAACCGGAGGUCGUCCUGCGCAAGCUGGACGAGGACACGCGGUACACCAUCGAGUACCUGGUACGCUUCGUGGCGCGUCUGCAGCCGCUGGAGGCGCAGCAGCAGCGAGACAUCCUGCGCCGCCUCAUCGCUUCCCUCACCCACCAGGCCGUCCCCAUCGGGGGGACACUUCUCCCCGCCGGCCGCAGCUACCGCAAGCUCCGGGAAGGUACGUUGGCCAAGUGCGAGGAGUUCACGACGAACUUGUUCCGUCUGGUGUACCUGGACACGACGUGUCCCAGCGCUGGUACCAGGGGUGGCACCAAGACAAGUUGCCACAGCGCCAACGACAACGUCUCCCCCCCUGGGACCAUCCACAGUCCCCUGCCUGAUGAGGAGAAGGCUGGGGUCCAGUCAUAG